GGCGCCGUUACAGAAGAAAACAGAAGAAUCGCAGAGUUUGGGAUGUCCAUGACUCUUCACAGCCCUCGAGGAAGCCAUGUCCCAGGCACCCGGAGCUUGAUGGUGUGCCUAGACUAGCCCAACUGUUCAACACGACCCUCGAGGACCUCAACAGAUACAUUGACAUGUACAACUUUGAGAUUACUGAGCGCACUGAUGACUCUCUCAAUCCCAUCAGUACAAUGGAAACCAGCUCCUCUUCACGGAUGUCUCUGUCCACUGGGAGAAAGAACUCCUGCACUUCUGUUGUCAAAAUGGAAGCCCACUGCUCUUCAAAGGCCUCUCUGUCAUCUUCUAGCAAUGAAUCCCUCACUUCCGUUUUGGACAUGGAACCCUGCUGCUCUUCAAGGGUCUCCCUUUCCUCUUGGAGUGACAACUCCCUUGCUGCCGCUUUGGCAACUGAAGCCAGUGGCUCUUCAAAGGCCCCUCUGGCCCCAUGCAAGGACGACUCCCACACUUACACCAGGGUGAGUGAAGGUCCUUCAGAGCUGUCACUCACAGCUCUUCUGAACGGAGCAGACAUGGUUCAAGCUUCCACAGUCCAGCCUUGUCUGCUUCCCAGUACUGCCCCAGAGGAGCAGCAUGACAUGGACACUCACCCACCCUGCACGAAAGAGGUGGCCAGCUGCCACAGGGCCGACAGAGUGCAGCAGCAACAGGAACACCUCCAAGACCAGCAGGGUGCUCCCACCCCACCUCCACUGGUGCCUGAUUCCCAGUCCAGGGAAACGGAGGUGCAACAGGAACACCUCCAGGACAAGCAGGGUGCUCCCACCCCACCUCCACUGGUGCCUGCUUCCCAGUCCAGGGAAACGGAGGUGCAACAGGAACACCUCCAGGACAAGCAGGGUGCUCCCACCCCACCUCCACUGGUGCCUGAUUCCCAGUCCAGGGAAACAGAGGUGCAACAUGAACACCUCCAGGACAAGCAGGGUGCUCCCACCCCACCUCCACUGGUGCCUGAUUCCCAGUCCAGGGAAACGGAGGUGCAACAGGAACACCUCCAGGACAAGCAGGGUGCUCCCGUCCCACCUCCACCGGUGCCUGCUUCCCAGUCCAGGGAAACGAAGGUGCCUUUCCCACAUCAAGAAAGCCAGGAGACCGUGCACUGCCUUUCCCCAAGGAGAAAAGAAGAGGUGAAACUGGAGCUGUUGGCUGAUGGGGUGGGUCUUCGGCAGGAUAGCCCAGCCUCAGUUCCUCAAACGCCUCAGCGACCACCGGAGCCUGAUGUGAUAGUGGUUCCCAUGGUGAAUGACAUACCGUUCCUGGAUAAGGCUGUGAAAAGGCAGCUGGAGCUUCACAUAAUAAAAAAACAGAUACAGCGGCGCUUUGGACUGCCAGCAAAGGUCCUGGCCUAUGAGAAGGACUUUAUAGAACCUACCCUGGAGCAACAAAAAUCCCAGCCCCCGCCUUCACAGAGGCGCUCUGGGCAGCCCUACCGCUCACCCUUCCAGCAGUGGGACAGGUGCACCACAAAGUCAGCAGAGCGGCCUCCUGGCCUGCAGCAAGAGUCCGCAGCCCGGAAGAAUACAUGCACACGAGGGACACAGACACCUGCCCAGUCUGUGCCAGCAGCUAUUCCAAGAGUGGCACAAGGGAUGCCUCAGGAGGAUGGGAAGAGACCACACGGGAAAAGGAAGUCUGGAGGAACAGCCAGAAGGAGCAGCCUGACCAGCAAGGAGGCCUUGCCUUGCACCAAGGAGGAUCAGGGCUCUGGGACACAAAGUGAUGGUCAAGGUACUUCCCCUUCCAUCCAGGAAGAGCAGGCACGGCCACAGAGCAAGGGAGCUCCCCAGGGGCAAUCAGGACAGCACUGUGUGAGCUGCAUCAUCUCCACUGAGACACAAGAAUUGCAACUGGAGAAGAAUGUUCCCACGGGAGAAGCAGAGCACUCCCAGGAAGGCCAGAGCGGCAUCAGUGGGGUUGUGGGGACACCUGAGCUGCCAUCCAACAGGACAUCUCCUCCAAGAAGUAGUUCCCCACAGACACAACGCUGCUCUGAUGAGACACCCUCAGCCCUGCCAGUGCCUCCAGACUCUGCUGGGACCAGUAUUCAGAUCCCCUACCUGGAAGAGCUGCUCACAACACUCACAGACUGCUUCACGGCCAGAACAGCUGCUGAAAACCUGCAGAACCAGCUGCUGGCUUUAUGGCUGGAGCAGAACUCACCCACGGACCAAGCAGCAGAACACCCCGUUGCCUCACCACGCAGAAGACCAAAAGAAUCACAGAAAGGCAAGAGGCACACCCAGGGUGGAGCUGGCUCCAGGAGACGCUGCCCGAAGUGCAGCAGAUCCCUGCACCACAACCUGCCUGGCAGCGACGACUCCCGGCCUCCAGCUCCAUCUGAGGCUGCAGCCCCAGGCGCAGGAAGAGACAGGACAUCAGGAGAAAGGCAUCCAGCAAAGGAAAGAGCCAAGAGGAAGCGGGGCCAGAAGGUGAUUGCUGCUGACACCCAGCAGUCGGAGGGGAUCCGUGUGUACAAAAAGGUGAUACUGAUCCCCGUUGCUGAGGAGGAGAGGCUUCCAUCCCAGCGAGCCCCUACCUGGACCCUGCCAUCAAGAACACGGUGGUUCCCCACAUGUGCAGCAGCCAGACACAGGAAUCCUAGGGCAGAGACACCACCGCUGCCAGGCAGCCUCUGCUGUGUGUUUGCCCCCAUCCUCCUUUGCCUUCAGUGUGCCUGGACCACGCUCCGAGAUGCAGGCCAGGUCCUACUUGCCCGCAUCAAGAACUGAGGUGAGGAGCCUCACGGGAAGGGAACCAGCGCUGGAAAGCCGAGUCUCACCAUGGGAUUAGGGGAUUGCUCGGGCUUCCUGCAGAAACGGAAAGCUGCAACCUUCCCUGCCUGGAGCCACCAGGUAACAGGAGCUCUCCCAAUAAAUGUCUU